AUGGGUAUUAAAGGCUUGAAUGCAAUUAUAUCGGAGCAUGUGCCCUCUGCCAUCAGGAAAAGCGAUAUCAAAAGCUUCUUUGGUAGAAAAGUGGCCAUCGAUGCUUCUAUGUCUCUAUACCAGUUUUUAAUUGCUGUAAGACAGCAAGAUGGUGGGCAGUUGACCAACGAAGCCGGUGAAACCACAUCACAUUUGAUGGGUAUGUUUUAUAGAACAUUGAGAAUGAUCGAUAACGGUAUCAAGCCUUGUUAUGUCUUCGAUGGUAAGCCUCCAGAUUUGAAAUCUCAUGAGUUGACAAAGCGGUCUUCGAGAAGAGUGGAAACUGAAAAAAAACUGGCAGAGGCAACAACCGAAUUGGAAAAAAUGAAGCAAGAAAGAAGGUUGGUGAAGGUCUCAAAAGAACAUAAUGAAGAAGCCCAAAAAUUACUGGAAUUAAUGGGCAUCCCAUAUAUAAUAGCGCCAACGGAAGCUGAGGCUCAAUGUGCUGAGUUGGCAAAGAAGGGAAAGGUAUAUGCUGCAGCAAGUGAAGAUAUGGACACACUUUGUUAUAGAACACCCUUCUUGCUGAGACAUUUAACUUUUUCAGAGGCCAAGAAAGAACCGAUUCACGAAAUAGAUACGGAAUUAGUAUUGAGAGGCCUCGACUUGACCAUAGAGCAAUUUGUUGACCUUUGUAUAAUGCUUGGUUGUGACUACUGUGAAAGCAUUAGAGGUGUUGGCCCGGUGACUGCUUUGAAAUUGAUAAAAACGCAUGGGUCCAUCGAAAAAAUCGUAGAAUUUAUUGAAUCUGGCGAGGCAAAUAACACCAAGUGGAAAAUUCCAGAAGGCUGGCCUUACAAACAGGCAAGAAUGCUAUUUCUUGACCCUGAAGUUAUAGAUGGUAACGAAGUAAACCUGAAAUGGUCGCCACCAAAAGAGAAGGAACUAAUUGAGUAUUUAUGCGAUGAUAAGAAAUUUAGUGAAGAAAGAGUAAAGUCUGGCAUAGCAAGAUUAAAAAAAGGCUUGAAAUCUGGCAUUCAGGGUAGAUUAGAUGGGUUCUUCCAAGUAGUGCCUAAAACAAAGGAACAAUUGGCUGCUGCGGCGAAAAGAGCACAAGAAAACAAAAAAUUAAACAAAAAUAAAAAUAAAGUCACAAAGGGGAGAAGAUGA